UUAACACUAUUUUAACGUGACAUUACUAUCUGAAAUACCCUUGUUUAGUUAGUUCCUAUCGAAAUUAUUGAAAACAGUAUCAUAUUGCCACUUUUAACAAAAGCAAACAACCAAUCGCUCUACUUACUUCGACAGUUAGGUUAAUGAACGGGGUGAAUCAAACAAGGUCGGAACAGCUGAGCAGCGCGCUGUUAAUUCAAGGGCGGUAAAAUCAGUAUUGGACGGUAAAAUCAGUAUAGGAAUAUACAAAGAUGGCUUGUCUGCUGUACCUUACAUUCAUUACAAUAACUUUAGCCCUUGUGACGACGCUGAUAGCACUCGCUGUACCGGUCUGGCAGCAGUCGAGUGUCGAGGUUUCAGGGGUAACCGUAACCUUAAAGACUUACACCUACAGCGGAUUAUGGAGCGUGUGCACAAGACAAGAAAUCGUGGGUUCGGAUGCGAUCGAUUGCAGCACAUACCUAGAUUCUGGUGUUAAAUAUCAUGGAAGCGUCAAGGGAGUGCAGGCUAUGCUGAUCAUAGGUGGCGCUCUAUGUGCAGCAGCGUUCGUGGCCAUCAUUAUAAAAUGGUGCAUUCUGUCAGAAAGCGAUAUUCUUGGAAAAAUUGUUUCAGGACUUUGCAUUGGAGCCGCCGUGUUCCUGCUACUUGGCGUAAUCGUAUAUUCCACAGCGGUGGCAGAUGACCAAAACUUUGACAUGAAUGAUCUUAACGCAGGAUUUGCGUUAACAAUAUGCGCUGCGGCGUUACUUCUUGUGGCGGGAGUUAUCGUCUGCUUCCUAGCGUCAUAAUUACCGGUUACAUACCGGAAGUCUGACAUGUAUCACCGGAAGUAGGACAUGUAUCAACAGUGUAUUUAAGAUACCAUAUUGCUGUUUUAGUAUAUGCUUUGUUUAUUUUUUUUAGAAUCUUUGACUGUGAUAUGAAUAUUUGUGAUAAUUAAUAGUUUAUUCUUGAAUGAUUUCAAAUUGAUGAGCUUUGUCACUUUUGAAUGGUAUUCUUCUUAUGAAAUAAAUGUUUAGAGCUAUUCAAGAGA